AUGUCUUCACCUUUUACUUCCAACGGCAUCGAUACUUCUUCAGAUGUCCUAACUCCUACCACGCCUCUUCAUAUCUCGACCCUUCCUGUCAGUUCAGCUGCUGCGAGAUCGAUUCUCGAAGUUGUCAUGUCUACUCGCGGAAGCGCUGAACGUGACCCCGUGUCGAUCCCCUUUACUGCCCACCCGGGUGUCAAGGAAGGCAAAGACCAGUGCAUGAAGUGUGGCAUGAUUGGGCACCGUACUUAUCAAUGCGCUGAAUAUUCAACUUCCGCCGAAUCGAUCCCAGACUGGCGCCGUACAACUAACGGUAAGAUCUACAGUGUCAAGGCAUUACUCGGUAUGCAUCCUUACUGCAAGUGGACUAUGGACACGGUAUUGGAAGCAUCCUCGAGCAAGCACCAGCAAUGCUGCUGCUGCCGCGGCCAUAAGCAAACGUGUCACAGGUCUGAACCAUAUAGCCGUAACCGUCGGGCGGGAUCCUGUCCUAUGGAGGAGUCUUGA